UUCUCUCAGACAAUUCCCUCAUGGCGGUGCUCUGUUGCUCCAGCCUUUGAUUAUUUCUUUUAUUUUUUUUCCUUUUUUCUUUUUAUAUAAUUUUAAACUAAUCACCUAAUUAAUCAUCAUCAGUACAGAUUAUUGUUUUUUACGAUUAAUUAAGUAAACUCUAUCUGAUUCAAUCGGCGAAGAAGAGGCGCAAAGGCUUCGUCUUUCAUCUUUUGCUUUUUUGUUUUUUGUUUUUUGUUUUUUGUUUUUUGUUUUUUGUUUUUUGUUUCAUUUUCUCCUGCCUAUUUUCUGUUUUACCGAUCUGACUCUCUGUCUUCUUCUUCUUUACGUCUCUGUGAAAUGCUCAAGCUGAUUAGGGUUUAUCAAGUAUUUCUUCGCUUUCUUGUUAUCGCCUUCGUUAUCCUCCCCGUCUUCGCAAGUGAAUAAUAAAAAAUGGCUGCGGAGCUUGUAAGUUCUGCAACAAAUGAAAAGCUUACUGAUGUGGAUUGGGCCAAAAACAUUGAGAUCUGUGAAAUAGCUGCUCGAGAUGAAAGGCAAGCAAAAGAUGUUAUCAAGGCUAUCAAAAAACGUUUGGGAAGCAAGAACCCAAAUACUCAAUUAUAUGCUGUCCAGUUGCUGGAGAUGUUAAUGAAUAAUAUUGGAGAGAAUAUUCAUAAGCAGGUUAUAGAUACAGGUGUACUCCCUACACUUGUGAAGAUAGUAAAGAAAAAAUCGGAUUUGCCUGUAAGAGAGAGGAUUUUUCUCCUUCUUGAUGCAACUCAAACCUCCCUUGGCGGCGCUUCAGGGAAAUUCCCUCAGUAUUAUACAGCAUACUAUGAUUUGGUGAACGCAGGAGUUAAAUUUCCUCAGAGACCUGAUUCUACACCACCAGUUGUGGUCACUGCACAAGCGAUUCCUAGAAAUACGCUGAAUGAGCAACUUGUAACUGCUAGGAAUGAGGGUACUGCUAUUACUCAGCAGCGAGAAUCUCAAACUGCUUCUCCUUCCAGUAUUCUACAAAAGGCUAGUACUGCAUUAGAAGUUCUGAAGGAAGUGCUUGACGCAGUUGAUUCUCAAAAUCCUGAGGGGGCAAAAGAUGAGUUUACGCUUGAUCUUGUCGAGCAAUGUUCGUUUCAGAAAGAGCGCGUAAUGCACCUUGUCAUGACAUCGAGGGAUGAAAGAGCAGUUUCUCAAGCAAUCGAAUUGAAUGAGCAACUUCAGAGAAUUCUCAAUAGACAUGAAGAUUUGCUGUCUGGAAGAAUCACAGUGCCAGGCAGGUCUACAACAUCCAAUGGUUAUCAUUCCAAUCUCGAACCUAGCCGUUCUACCUCAAAUGGUCACCAGAAACUCGAGCUAAACGCUUCUAAUGCAAAUACCAAAUCGAGCAGCUCUAUCUCGAAUUCAACCCAUCUCAAGCUUGAAGAAGAGGAUGAGGAAGAGGAGCCUGAGCAGUUAUUCAGACGAUUGCGAAAAGGGAAAGCUAGAGCUAGGCCUGAGGAUGAAGAAGAGUCAUCACCUCCACAAGGCUUACCUGGAUCAUUAAUCCAUAACGAAAGACUCAACCGUCCACUUAUCCGUCCUUUACCAUCAGAGGAGCGAUCACGUGGUGGUGAUAGCCAUUCGCAGUCCCCACCUGUUGUGAUACCACCCCCACCUGCAAAACACGUUGAGAGGGAAAAGUUCUUCAAGGAGAAAAAUGUGGACGGUGCCUCGGGUUUACCAGGUCACAUGAGAGGCCUUUCUUUGCAUAGCCGUGAUGGCAGCAGCUCGCGCAGUGGAAGUGUAGACUUCAGUGACUGAAUCACCCGAGUCUCUGUCUCGUCCUCAUAAAUAUAUGUAUUCUUAUAAGCUUGUUCCUUUUAGGUUUGGUUAAUUUACAGAAAAAGUUUAUGUUGUGUGUGUUGAUCUUGCUCUUUCCUUAGUAUUGUGAAAUUAGAAUAUAGCACAAUGAGAUCUGAUUAUGUAUACGAAGAAAGGUACUCCCUUUCACUUUGUAUAAGGAACCUGAGCUAUGCUAUUUACAGAAGUUGUUGUUGUUCGUGUUUGUGUAAUGAAGCUGAAUGAUGGAA